AUGGGGGUGGAUGAGACGGGACAUGACGGGGUUGAGGUGCAGAGCGAGGGGAAGCAGGGCGCAGAUGAGGCGGGGAGUGUUGCGGAGCUGGGUUGUUUGCAGAGUGGGGUUUGGCAGGGGACAGGGAUGGACGAGGAGGGGGUGGGGGAUGGUGGCGCUGAAACGGAUCAGUUUGUAAUGAGGACGUUGCUGAUUGACAACUACGACAGCUACACCUUCAACCUCUACCACCUUCUCGCUGACGUCAAUGGAGUCCCCCCAGUGGUGGUGAGAAACGACGAGGUGUCCUGGCCGUACCUCAGGGAUUUGCUGCUGCAUCGGCGCCUCUUUCAUGCCAUUGUCAUCUCACCCGGCCCUGGCACACCCUGCUGCCCUGCCGAUAUCGGAGUGUGUGCGGACGUGCUGAGGGAGUGUACGGACAUCCCGAUUCUCGGAGUGUGCAUGGGCCAUCAGGCCCUGGCAGCACUGAACGGAGGCCAGGUGGUGCCCGCACCAGAGCCUGUGCAUGGAAGGCUCAGUGGCGUGGAGCACACGGCUCAUCCUCUCUUCACCAACAUUCCGUCUGGCUCUCUUUUCCAGGUGGUGCGCUAUCACUCCCUUGCUGUCCACUGGGCCUCCCUUCCGAAGGACUUAGAACCCAUCGCCUGGACCACCAAUGAUCCCCUUUCCACCCACAUCGCUUCACCCGCAGCACCACCAGCAGCCCCACGCUCUGUUGCGGAUGCACAGGCAGCAAAUGGGGCUUUUGAGACGUCUCAAAAGCCACGCUCUGUUGCGGAUGCACAGGCAGCAAAUGGGGCGAUGACUGCAGGAUCUGAUUUGGUGAACGGGCCGGCGAUUGCGGGAGCAGCUGUGAUCAAUGGGGCAGUGAAUGGGGCUAGUAGUGGUGUGCAGGCAGAGAGUGGUGAGGGGACAGAAGUUCCGAAAGGGAGUGUUGUGGUUGUGAACGGGAUGGUGGCACCACAUCAGUAUCAUCAACAGCAGCAUCGACAGCAGCAGCAGGAGCAGCUGCAAAAAUUGAGUAGAGUCAUUAUGGGUUUGGCACACAAGAGACGGCCACAUGUGGGAGUGCAGUUCCACCCUGAGAGCAUCGGCACAUCGUAUGGGCGGCAACUGCUGAUGAACUUCAAGGCCCUUGCAGUGAAGGCGAUUCAGGAGAGGGAUGGGCGGAGAGAUGAAAGGAAGAAUGAGAGGGCGAGGGGAGAAGGGCGAGAGAUGAGCAAAGAGAGGGAGAGGGUGAGGGAGAAAGGAGUUGGGUCAAUGUGCCGAAAUGGCUCUGUCAAGGUAGCAGUAGGAGCAGCAGCAGCGUCAGUAGCAUCCGCAGCACCAUCAGCAGCAGCAGCAGCACCAUCAUCAUCAGCAGCAGCGGCAGCAGCAGCAACAACGGAACUAGUAGGAACGGUAGAAAGAUAUGCAGCAGGAGUAGCAACAGGAGGUGGGGCUUUGCGGUCGCAGCUUGACUUGAUGGCACGGCUGUGUGUGCCAGCCAGAGACGGCUCUAUGAUGUGCGGCAGAGACAUGGACCUGGGCGGCAAAGGCUUGGGCGGCAAAGUCUUGGACGGCAGAGAUUUGGGCGGCAAUGAUGUUGAGGCCACGAUGGUACAACAAGGAAAUGGUUGGCCUGCGUCUUUUAGUGGGCUGCCACCGUCGUUACCAAGCAGCAGAUCUCUACAGUCAUCAGCAUCAGCACCAUCAUCAGCAUCAGCAGCAGCAACAGCACCAUCACAACCAUCACACCCAUCACCACCAGCAUCAGCAUCAGCAACAGCAACAGCUACAGUAUUCUCUCCACCAAAAUCCCUUCGUCUGAAAGUGACUCGACUCGAUGGUUUUCUUCACAAAUUGAGUGACGCACUGGCUGCAGCAGCAGCAGCAGCAGCAGCACCAUCUGCAGCAUCAUCAUCACCACCACCAUCAGCAUCAGCACCAUCAUCGUCACGAGCAGCAGCGGCUAUCUUCACCCAUCUGUUCGCCCAGCAAGGGGAGAGCUACUCCGACACUUUCUGGCUUGACAGCGCAUCCACACACCAGGGCUUGGCGCGCUUCUCCUACAUGGGUGGCCGGGGGGGUCCCCUCUGGUCCAAAGUCACGUACCAACUGGCUGCCGAACCUCCCCUGGCCACUGAACCUCCUUUGCCAGCCGAACCUCCUUUGCCAGCCGAACCUCGUUUGACAGCAGCACCUCCGUUGCCAACUGAACGUCCUUUGCCGAGCCACACAGAGAAUGGGAGUGGCAAAGGCAGUGCAAGCAACGGCACUAGUAGCACUGAACCUGACAGCAGCAAGAGCAAGAGGGAGCACAGCUCUGCCAGUGGAAACAGUAGCAGCAGUAGCAACAGAAGUGUUAACCCUGACAUUAGCAGCAACGAUAGCAGUAGAAGCAGCUGUAGCAGCGGCGCAAUUACUAAUGACAAUCGUAACAAUGGCAGCAACGGUAGCAGCAGCAGCAGUAACGGUAGCAGCAACAGCAGCAACGGUAGCAGUGGCAGCAAUCGUAGCAGCAGCAGCAGAAGCCAGCCCACAUUAAACGGGGGUGGCACAUUCGAUAGAGUCACAGGCGGCACUCUCCGAUUGGAGAGCAGCGAGGGCGAUGUGACUAUAGUGAAGGAGGGCACAUGGGAGGGCGGCAUCUUUAGCUUUCUUGAAGAGCACCUGCAGCAGCAGCAGUGUGCACCGCACGAGGCUGCGGCUCUCCCCUUCGACUUCUGUGGCGGUUGGGUCGGCUAUUUUGGGUACGAGCUGAAGAGGGAGUGCGGGGCGGAGCACAACCGCCACGGGUCGCCCCUUCCGGCCCUUCUGGACUAA